GGUGCUGGAUCCCGCUUAGAGUCUGUGGGAGAGGAUGAUGAGUUGAUGGUGGAAAAUGGUGAAUCUAGCUAUGAGAUAGCAGUGAAAUACUCCCGGGGUGGAAGGAAGCACUCCCUGCCGCAGCAGCUGGAGUCAGCAGGAGCUCGUCAGGAGUACCACAUUGUGAAGAAGUCCACUCGUUCCUUCAGUGCUGCCCAGGUGGAAUCUCCAUGGAGACUAACCCAGCCAUCCAUCAUCUCUAACAUUGUCCUGAUGAAAGGGCAAGGCAAGGGUCUCGGAUUCAGCAUUGUGGGAGGUCAGGAUUCUGCUCGCGGACGCAUGGGGAUUUUUGUGAAGACUAUAUUCCCCAAUGGCGCAGCGGCUGCUGAUGGAAGGCUUAAGGAAGGAGAUGAAAUCCUGGAAGUUAAUGGAGAGUCUCUGCAAGGGCUGACCCAUCAGGAAGCCAUCCAGAGGUUCAAGCAACUCAAGAAAGGGGUGGUGACCCUGACGGUGCGCACGCGGCUGCGCAGCCCCAGCCUCACACCCUGUGCAACUCCCACCCUGCUGAGCCGCUCCAGCUCGCCCAGCUCCAGUGCCAGCGGUGGCACACCAGCGCCCGGCCCCGAUGAGGCAGAUGGUUCCUUCUCCAGCCGCAAAGGCCCCGGCCCAAAGGACAGAAUUGUCAUGGAUGUGACGCUCAAUAAAGAGCCAGGGGUUGGACUCGGCAUUGGUGCCUGUUGUCUCACGCUUGAAAACAGUUCUCCGGGGAUAUAUAUCCACAGCCUGGCCCCAGGAUCAGUGGCUAAAAUGGAUGGCAGAUUAAGGUUAGUUAAAACAAAAACAUGCCGAAGUGGUUUUGCAGUAAAAUCAAUGGAAAGUUUCUUCUUACCUAUUGGUUGAUGCAGCUGGAAAGUA